CUCAAAGCAUAUAAUAUAUUCAUCAACUCUACUUUCGCUUUGCCAUAAUUAGCAAGCUAGAAGCAAGUUAAUUAUGGCUUCCAAAUUGAUAUGUUUUUUGGUAAUCUUUUCUCUAACAUCACUUUUUAUGGGUGCUUCUAAUGCUUGGCUUAUGCAGCCAGACUUUUAUGCCUCUAGUUGCCCUAAUGUUGAACAAAUUGUGUACAAUACUAUGAAGCAAGCCGUUAGUAAGGAACCACGUAUGGGUGCAUCUAUUCUUCGCUUGUUCUUCCAUGAUUGCUUUGUCAACGGUUGUGAUGCAUCUGUACUCCUAGAUGAUACACCAACAUUUACAGGGGAGAAAACUGCUAAAGCAAAUGCAAACAACUCAAUAAGGGGUUUUGAAGUGAUUGAUGCAAUCAAGUGUAAUCUUGAAGCUGCUUGCCCCCAAACUGUAUCGUGUGCAGACAUUCUAGCUCUUGCAUCACGAGACGGAGUUAGAUUGUUAGGAGGGCCCACAUGGAAAGUACCACUAGGUAGAAGAGAUGCAAGAACAGCAAGCCUAAGCUUGGCAAACCAAAACCUUCCACCCCCACGUUCAAGCCUUGCUAACCUCACUUCCCUCUUUGCAAGACAAAACUUAAACAUCAACGAAAUGACCGCCCUCUCCGGCGGCCACACCAUCGGCCUCGCUCGUUGCAUCAACUUCCGACCCCACAUUUACAACGACACCGACAUAGAUCCCACCUUUGCAGCCACUCGCCAAGCCAACUGCCCUAAACAAGCUGGGAAUGGAGACUUCAACUUAGCCCCUCUUGAUCGUCAAACACCAAACAAAUUCGACAACGAUUAUUUUCAAAACCUUGUUCAAAAACGCGGUCUAUUACAUUCGGAUCAAGAGCUUUACAAUGGUGGUUCUCAAGAUUCCUUGGUGAAGAAGUAUAGUACUAAUCAAGCUGUUUUCUUUCAAGAUUUUGUUGCAGCGAUGAUCAAGAUGGGGAACAUUAAGCUUCUUACUGGUACUAAAGGAGAGAUUAGAAAGAACUGUCGCGUUAUCAAUUAGAUUAUUGUUAAUAUCAUCAGUUUAUUUCAUAAUUCUGGUUUUAAUUACACUUGUACGUACUAUAUAUAAAUGGAAAUUUUGUGAAAAA